GCCUCAGAUCUGACACCGCAGGACGCGCACAAGUCAGUGGAGUCAGUCGUCCUGUUUCCUUCAACAUGCAUCCAACAAGACUGACAACUCAGCAGUGACAAGUGUUUUCAAAGCGCCAAGUAUUUCUCCGUUUGAGCGAGCAGAUUGUGCGCAAAGAGCAUUUCGAGGACGUAUUUCUUUCCUCCGCUGGGAGCCAAAAACAGGCGGAGUUGAACGUUUCUGGAGACAUUUAAUUUUUUUCAUUUAAAGGGGAGUAUUUUGGUCCAAGCCUUUUCACCGACAUGGAGUACACGUCAACCCCGAAACCGCAGCUCUCAUCCCGGGCAAAUGCUUUCUCCAUAGCCGCCUUGAUGUCCAGUGGGAAGCCCAAUAAGGACAAAGAGACGGAGGAGAACACCAUCAAGCCUCUCGAACAAUUUGUGGAGAAGUCCUCCUGCAACCAGCAGUCUCUGGCUGACCUGUCCUCCCUGGACGGACACGGGGACUUCAGCGGGAACGCGCCUGCGGUGUGCACGGAGCCUCUCAUCCCCACCAAUCCCGGCAUCCCUAGCGAGGAGAUGGCGAAGAUCUCGUGCAGCUUGGAGACCAAAGAGUUGUGGGACAAAUUUCACGAGCUCGGCACUGAGAUGAUCAUCACCAAGUCUGGAAGGAGGAUGUUCCCUACCAUCCGGGUCUCUUUCUCCGGCGUGGACCAGGACUCUAAGUACAUCGUGUUGAUGGACAUCGUCCCAGUAGAUAAUAAGCGGUACCGGUACGCCUACCACCGCUCGUCCUGGCUGGUGGCCGGAAAGGCCGACCCUCCUCUGCCCGCCAGGUUGUACGUCCACCCGGACUCACCGUUCACCGGAGAGCAGCUGAUGAAGCAAAUGGUUUCCUUCGAGAAAGUCAAACUGACAAACAACGAACUGGAUCAACACGGACAUAUCAUCCUGAACUCCAUGCACAAGUACCAGCCGCGGGUCCACAUCAUCAAGAAGAAGGACCACACCGCCUCGCUGCUCAACCUCAAGUCUGAGGAGUUCCGCACCUUUGUAUUUGUUGAGACCGUCUUCACUGCCGUCACGGCCUAUCAGAACCAGCUGAUCACCAAACUGAAGAUCGACAGCAACCCGUUCGCCAAAGGUUUCCGGGACUCCUCGCGGCUGACAGACAUGGAGAGGGAAAGUGUUGAGAAUCUGAUCCACAAGCACUCGUACGCCCGGUCGCCGAUCCGAACCUACACCGGCGAGGAGGAGAACCUGAGCGAGGACGGACACGCCGCACACGCAAGAGGCUCGGCGUUCACCGCCUCAGACAACCUCUCCCUGAGCUCCUGGGUCACUACCACUUCGGGCUUCUCUGGCUUCCAGCACCCACAGUCCCUGACAGCCAUGGGCACCGGUACUGCCUCCCUGCCUCACCCCAUCCAGGGCUCCCUCCCCCCCUACAGCCGGCUGGGCAUGCCGCUGACACCCACUGCUCUAGCUGGAACCAUGCAGGGCAGCGGUCCGUCCUUCCCUUCCUUUCACAUGCCCCGCUACCAUCAUUACUUCCAGCAGGGGCCCUAUGCUGCCAUUCAGGGACUCCGCCACUCCUCCACAGUCAUGACACCUUUUGUAUGACUCCAUCCUGGGGAGGAUCCUUGCUCUGAUGCUCAUCCCCAAACCAAUGCAACCAGUUAUUUCUCCACUCAUGACUCCUCAUCCUGUUUGUAUCUUUACCCCUGGUCUUUGUAAAUAGUUCAGCUUCAUUGAGUGUGGAGAAGUGGAUGUGGCAUAAUGAUCCAGAAAUUUUGGAAAAUAGGACUGCGGUGCCUCCAUAGGACCUGUGGACACAUCAUCCGUCCUGUGCUUUCUAGGAACACUUUAGUGUCAUUGUACAAACACUUUCAACCACAAUACAAACUAUAAAACCUAAUGCGAGAUGAUAAAAGGAGCAUGUUUGGUCUUGGUCCUUGAAGAACAGAAAGUGGAUUCUGAAAUCCUCAGCUUAAACUCAUUUUAACAGUAUUUAGAAGACCAUGUCUCCCUCUAAAGGUUUAACAGUCCCUACUGGCUACAGGGUCUCCACCGAGGCUUUAAGGAUGACAGGUUGCUGUGUGAUUCUUCAAAAUAAUGCUUUUUGGAGAGACUCGUCUGAUGCUACUGUAUGUUGGACACCAAGGCUCAGUCUGAGUCUGUGAACAGUUUAGCAUACCAGAGUGGCAGAGCGUCCAUCUGAGCUCUCGUUUUUUAGAAAGCCAGCCAUGUACAGUUCAGACAUCACGCGCUGCUGAAAAUAAUGUCAAAAACAAAUGUUAAAAUGCAUUGUACAAAGAUGAAAAAGCAAGAUUUACUCAUAGGAAAAUUCUCACAGUAGAGUGCAAAAAAAAUCAUAGGACGCAUGCUGACUGCAGUAGACAAACACGCUGGGUAAACUUUAUAUGGAAUAACAUGAGAUGAAUAAGCUGGAGGCUUUUUGCUUUUUGAAGGCCAGGUCACACCAGCAUGUAAAACAGUAAAAACUUUGCAGCUAAAUCAAUUUCAAUGCAAUGUGUGGAUUCGCUCACAAGGCAAAGUAAAUCCACUUAAAUCUUUCACCUUGGGGUUACACUUUGGUGAACUUUGACAUGCAAAUUCCUGACCAUUGAUUUAUAGCAAACCAUGUUGCGGACUUUUAAGGGAACAGAGAACAUGAUGGGCUAAAAUGGAGAGGAGGUUAAGCAACACAGAUAAUAAGCUACAAUAGCUUAUUAUCUGUGUUGCUUAACCUCCUCUGUUGGAGUAUAAAUUGCUCUACAAAAGAGUAGUAGAUUACAGGACCAGACAGGAACUGAUAGUACAAAUACAUCUUUUGAAUAAACUGUCUGAACUUUCUGUCCCGUCCGCAAGCUAGCUAACGAGUUACUUAACUGACAGUUAGCAUGCUAGCUGGCUCAGGAGAGCCAUUUGUCUGUCUUCUUGAAUGAAAUGGUGUAAAAUCCCCCAAAAAUGCCAAGUUCAGAGAAAAUACAAAGAAACUCUGAGGGUUGUUGUGACUGACUAGCUCUAGCGUGUUCUCAGCUUGCUAGCAUGUUAGCCAUUAGCUCACCAGCUACAUUUCAUUAACUAGCCCUGCGAAUUGUCCCUAUAGGUCACAGAGCCUCCAACAUCAUCUACUUUGUGAAGAUGUGAGGAUGAAUUUUGCUUUUACUUUCUGGUGUGGCCAGGCCUUAACUAAGAGGGCUUCAACCACAAAAUGUGUUGAGUUCAAGUCAUCUGUUUUAAAGUAGUCAUAUUUUAAUUAACUGUGUGAACGUGGCCAUGAUCGUAGACCUCAUGAAUCUGUUUCCUCUGGUUCUUGAGGGAAACAAACUUUUAUUUCAUGAUAUCUAGAACCAUUUGAAGGGUAACAGCAGUUUGAGUUCAUAUUUUACGUUGUAAAUAGACAGCAUCUAUUAUGUAGAAACAUCCGUUUUGUCUCCACUGUGUUUUCAGUUGCAGACUGUUGACUGCAGCCUUUUAGCAGUUGGUCUAGCAGGUGUUUCCGAGCUGAUUCAUGGCAGCACCAGAGUGUGUCGACAGGGCAUCCACACCUGGAGAUAAUGGCUCUCUGCUCUCUCAUUUAAAACAUGCCGGGGGGAAGGAGCUGGAGGCUGCUGGAGUCGACUUGCACACAGUCAGGUGCAUGUGCAUAAAAAUGGCAGCUGACUGGCAGAGAAGUCAAAGUAAUUUAUUUGAAAAAUAUGAAGAAAUACAAAUACAAGCUGCAUAGGUGAAACGGUCCUACCUGAAGUGACAAUUAAUAAUUAGUAUUGUUUCGUAUACAUUUUAUUGUGAAGAUGCAUUUUAAGACCCUGAGCUCCAGAGCAAAAACUCUUCAUGUUAACAAAUAACAAUUGUCUAUAAUUGAGUCCAAAAACUAGAGCUAGACUGAUAUAUCGGACUAUUAGAUUAUGGCAGAUACAUCUGUAUCUGUGUAUAUGUCGGCUGAUAAGUAACAAAAAAUGGCAAUAUUUCUUUGGGGCUACAACAAAGAAUUAUUGUUACACUGCUGAUAAAUAAAAUGUCAGAAAUUAGUUAGAAGUAUCAUUAUAAUUUCUAAGAACCAAAUGUGACAAAUUAAAAUGACUUGUUUUUUCAGUCAGUCUAAAACACAAAAAAUUGACAGUUUAUCAUAAAGAAAAGCAUAACAUUCUGACAUUUGAGAAGCAGUAAAUGUCUGGCAUUUGUGAUUGACUAAACAAUUAAUCAUUUAUCAAAAUACCUUUCUAUCAAUUAACUAAUCGAUUAAUUGGCUGAUUGUUUCACUUAAAUUUCUUAACCAAUCAGAUAAUUAAGGGAAACUUAUCCAACAUGUUUGUUAUUUUUUUCAGCCUCAGAAAUUCAGUUUCCACAUGGGAAAAUAUGACAUUUAAGGACACAAUAAUUGACAAAAUGGCAGGUUCUGAUGGAUACUUUUUAAAGUGAGGCUGUGUUUUAUGCACAAAAUCCAAAGAAAAACACGGUUCAACAUUCCGUCAUGAAAACAGCAUUUGGAUGUAUCACAAUUAGGUCAUUGUGUUGAUUCAGGUGUGAGUAAAAAAUGAUGAAGAUACUUUUAUUGCUGCUUUGUGGAGGCAGAAUUCAAACAAAUUUAUUAAAAUGAGACAUUAUAUGAAGCCUGUUGCAGCGUAAUAUGGACAUAAAUGUAUUGCUCUGACCCCUUGCAUGUCAUUAAUGUGCAAGCAGUUCAUUUUAUCCCAUCUUUCCAACAGGAAAGUCAAAUUUUACUUUGACUUUUUCCCCUCACAAUUUUUGCUUUGGAAAUCAAGUCUUGGUCCUUUACUGAUGUGCACCCUGAGCGUUGUUUCAAAGGUGUGCACAAAUGAACUGAAUGUUGAUUUCCAUCAGUGUAAAUGUAAAAACACUUUUUUUUCUUUCUGAAUCAUAUGCACAGUCCUGACUUACCACUGACAAUAAUCUCUUUUUAAAAAAAUGUUUUGUUUUAUUUUGUAUGCCAUAACAUGAAUAUGACACCGAAUGAGAUUGUGUUUUGAUGAUUUUUAAGUGCAAUAUAUUUAUUUUGCUCUCUGGAAAUAAUGUGUAAUGUACUAUGCCGCAUUUAAAAAUAGUUAUUUGUAAACCUUGAGAAAUAUAUAUCACCACCCAAACUCUGAGUUAUUUUUUCACUGACUGACAUUAUGUAUACUUUUCCCUCUCAAUGAAUCACAGAUUGUCAGAAACAAAUUAAAUCAUUUGAUUGUUUAAAAACCACAAGUUAAACAGAUUUAUUUAGGUUUCCGUAUCACCUGACAAUCCAGUGAGCAUGUUUUAUGACUUUGUUUAACACCAAAGCAGAUUUUCUAUUUCUAAUAAUAUCUCUAUAAUGUAUUUUCUUUUCCCGAAAUGUAUAAAGCCAUUCAAAGAAUUCUAGUUUCUUCUAGUUUGGAGUUUAUGGGAUAAACAAUUAAAUUUUAAUGAGGUUGGAAUAGAAA